AUGAAAAGUUCCCCAACCAAAUUAGCUGUUUUAUCUACAGUUCUGUUAUCAUCGCUAUCUCUAGCUUCAGCUCAAAAUUCUACAUACAAACGAGGAUUGACAGACCACUUCAUUGGUUAUUUGGGUGCUACUAAAAACUACUACCCCUAUCAUUUUAACCGAACAGAUUUCUUCGGUGGAUCAUUCGGAGGUAAAGAUAAUGAUUCAACCCCUAUCACUAAGGUCCCAGUUAUCUUUAUUCAUGGAGCUGCUGACUAAAUCAUUGGUGAGGAAUGGGCAAAUAAUGGAUUCAGAUACUCUAUUGAAUAUUUCCUUCAACAAGGCUAUACCAAGGCAGAGUUAUAUGGAUCUAUGUGGGGUUUUGCUGAUCUCUUUUAUGAGUACAAUUUGGUCCAUAAUAGUGAAUGGAUCUUGUAAAUCAGAAAGUUUAUAGAAGCUGUCAUAGAUUAUACAGGCGCUGAAAAAGUCAAUAUUAUUGCUCAUUCUAUGGGAGUUACUCUCUCUAGAGCUGCCAUUAAAGGAGGUAAAUAUUCUAUUGGCGAUGAUCAAGAAAUUGAUUUGGGCGAACCUAUCAAUGAAUUCAUAUAAACUUAUGUUGCAAUAGCUGGUGGAAACUAUGGAGUAUCCAUUUGCAAUAUCUAAUUUUACUACGAUGCCUUUAGAAUUUGCAAUAAUUAAACUGGAUUUUUUCCAGGUACUUAAGAUGACAAGCCUCAGUGUAAGGAUAUUUCAAAAUUCCUUGGAAGACUCAAUAAAAACAAGAUUAAGGAAGGAGAUUAUACCUAUGCCUUGCUAAGUCUCUAUGAUUAAGUUGUUCCUCCUGUAGUAUUCAACAGAUACACAUCAUUCUUCCCUACCAUGGAUUAAGGAUUUAUUUUCAAUAGCUCAGAGUAUGAUCACGUCGGAGUGAGAGACCUAACAGCAAAUGUUUAAUACGUUUUAGUUAAUCAACAUUAUUUCACACCAUCAUAGGGAGAGAAUGUCUUCCUCUAUGCAAAUUCUGAUGAGAAGUAAGAUAUCAAGGUAUUUCUCUAAUGA